AUGGGCGCACCAACAUCCUUCUUCCGGAUUAACAGCGUGGACAUCGCAAGCCUCUUCAUCGCGUUCGGUGCCGUGGCGAUCUGGUCUACUUUGACUCUUACCAUUCGUCUUCUUACCACCUUGAAGAAGCGUUCCGGAACCUACUUUUGUUCCAUCUUGAUCACUACUUGGGGUCUGACCAUACGUCAAGUCGGCAACUUCAUUCAAUUCUAUGCACCGAGAUGUCCGUGGCAGAUCGGGUUCACGAUGCAACAACUCGGGUGGGUUGGCAUGAUUAGCGGAUUUUCGAUGGUACUCUACAGUCGACUCACCAUAAUCUUGGAAAGCCACAAAGCACGACGGGCUGUGCUUGGAAUGAUCCUCUUUAACGGUUUCGUGUGGCACACGGUUAUGAUCACGGUGCUAUCAGGCAUGAGGACAACCCAAUAUGCAGGACUACCAAGUAGUACACGUGCAUGGAAGCAUGUCCACGACCGCGUCGAGAAAGUCCAAGUCGUGACGUUUGCUGUCCAGGACAUCAUUCUUUCCUGCCUUUAUCUACGUGCAGCAUACCAAUACCUGCAGGGCCGGUUCACGCAGUCAAGCAAGACACGGAGCGUUAUGUGUCUGCUUUUACUCGUUCAACUCGUCGCCAUCACCUUCGAUGUCGCCAUCGUCUUCAUGGACUUUGCAGGUUAUCUGCAGCUCAAAUUUAUCGUCUUCAGCUUUGCCUAUACUGUAAAAUUAGAGCUCGAGUUUGUGGCGCUCAAUCAGCUGGUGGAACUGA